AUGGCUUCGCCCCUAAAGGGAAAGCCGUCUUCGCCCCGAGUGGAGACGAGCCGCUAUAAGGAGACUUCGACGGUCCGCGUGGAGACGUCAUCGCACCGCGUGGAGACAUCCUCUCGGCAGGUGCGCACGUCCUCCCGCCAGGUAGAGACCUCGCAGCGCCACAGCGAGGGGACCUCCAUCGCGCCCUCCGGGAAGCGGCUCCCUAGCGUCCUCGAGGUGUCCUCUCGGCAUGUGGAAACCUCGUCCCAGCGCAGGGAGACCUCCUCCCGCCACGUCCGGGCCUCCACCGUGCGCGUGGAGACGUCUCUGCAUCGCAUGGAGAGCCCUGCCCAGCGGGGCAAACCAGCAGCUCGCCAGAAUGUGAAAACCGCACCAUGA